AUGAUAUAUCAGAUGCUGUUGGAGAUGGCGUUGACAGCCAUACCCGACGGUGCUGUACAUAGACUGACCAGAUUGAACUGUUGGCCUGACAUCCAAUGGACGGGGAUGAAUUACUGGGAAAUAUUUGAUGAAUUGGUUGAGUUAGGAUCCGGUGGUUUUGGACACGUGUUUAAAGUGAGGGAUAAAUACAAUGACAGCAAUUAUGCGAUUUGGCAGAAAAACAGAAACAAAAUGUUUUAAAGGAAACGCAAAAUUUAAUAAAAUUGCGCUCAGAAUAUGUCAUUCAAUACUAUUAUUCGUGGAUUGAAUUUAAUUGUCUAUAUAUUCAAAUGGAUUGUUUGGCCGGAAAUUUAACACAAGUUUUAAAAAUCAAAAUCAAAAU